UUCAAAAAAGGGCGUGGCAACGCCGGCGUGAUGCAGACAAAAUACAGUCGACAUAAAUGUUUCUCCACGUGAUUUGACGAAGAAGUCGAAUCAAUGCAAAAAUGAAAACAGAUUGGCAUGAGUUGGGUGUAAAACUCAGUGAACCAAUUCUUCAGACAUUGAAAGACCUCAACUUUGUAAAGACAACACCUGUUCAAGCUGCAUGUAUACCUUUACUACUACAGAAGAAAGAUGUGUGUGCAGAAGCAGUUACGGGUUCAGGAAAAACUCUGGCAUUUAUCAUUCCCAUCCUAGAAAUUUUGCUUGCACGAUCUACACCAUUAAAGAAACAUGAUAUUGGUGCUCUUAUUAUAUCCCCAACAAGAGAAUUGGCAUCACAAAUUGAUGAAGUGUUAUCAAAGUUUUUGGUACACCUCCCCCAGUUCUCACACCUUCAAAUGAUUGGCGGUGUAAAUACUGUUGUUCAGGAUAUCAAAGAAUUUACCAGUAAAGGGGCUCACAUUAUUAUCACUACACCUGGCCGCUUCAUGGACCUUCUCACUCGUCAGAGUGACAAGAUUAACCUUGCUGGAGGUCUAAAAGCGUUGGAAAUUCUCAUAUUAGAUGAAGCUGACCGUCUUCUGGAUUUGGGAUUCCAUGCAACUCUCAACACAAUUUUGGGGUUUCUUCCAAAGCAAAGAAGGACAGGCCUUUUUUCUGCUACACAGACUCGUGAAGUUGAGUCUUUAGCUAGAGCUGGAUUGAGAAAUCCAGUGGCAGUCACAGUGAAAGAGAAGAAUUUAGGCGGUGAUGGUUCAAGAACACCGUCUUCUCUGGCUAAUUACUACAUGGUGUGCGAAGGAAAUCAGAAGUUGGCUGUCUUAAUUUCUCUAAUGAAAUCUAAAGCUCCAGGCAAAUUUAUGGUUUUCAUGUCAACGUGUGCAGCAGUUGAAUAUUUUUCUCUGCUUCUAAAACACUUUUUGCCAUCUGUUACAGUGAUGAGCAUACACGGGAAACUAAAAACGACCCGUUUCAAAAUAUUUGACAAGUUUCGAAGCCUCAAAACAACCGGUCUUUUGGUGUGCACUGACGUUAUGGCCCGCGGUAUUGAUAUUGCGGACAUUGAUUGGGUAUUUCAGUUCGACGCACCUUCAUGCGCUUCAGACUUCGUACACCGCUGCGGACGAACUGCCCGUAUCGGUAAUCGUGGAACAGCGCUAGCUUUUCUCCUGCCCAACGAAGAGCCUUACGUCCACUUCAUUGACAUCAACCAAAAAGUGAAGUUGACCCUUAUGGAGUUGCCGGACGAUCUACCGGAUAACUUGGCUGAAAUUCGAAAGAUGCAGCAAAACGACCGUGCAUUGAUGGAUAAAGCUACUAGAGCGUUUGUUUCUUAUAUUCACUCCUACGUCAAGCACGAAUGUUCUGUGCUGCUUCGAGUCAAAGAUUUAGAUUUUGGUCGGUUGGCCGUGGGUUUCGGGCUUCUGACUUUGCCAAAAAUGCCAGAGCUGAAAAAUAGGAAAACGGACUUUUUUCAGCCACUUGAUAUUGAUCUCAACACUAUUGCAUACAAAGAGAAGGCUCGGGAAAAGAUCAGACAGGAGAAAUUGGCCAUUUACCGUGAAACUGGAGUUUGGCCAACUUCGAAAGCGAAUUCCGGACCGAUGAAAAAGAGUGAGUCCUGGUCGGAGAAAAAGGCACAGAAGAGUCGCAAGAAGGAAAAGAAGAAGCUUAGGGUGGAGCAGAAGAAACGCAAACGAGCUGCCGUAGACGAAGAUGAUUGGAACGAGUUUGCCCGAGACGCUCGCCUUCUUAAGAAAUUGAAAAAGCGAAAGAUUUCGGAAAAGUCGUUCGAGAAACAGUUCAAUAAGGCGGAUGCUGAGCCUUCGGAGACAACGUGAAACUGACGCGUUUAUUUACAUAUUUGCAUCGAUAAUGUUUUUUUUUUUUGACCAAUCACAGCUACAACAGCAAACAGUUAUAACAACAAGUUUAAAAGUGAAUCAAAGAAAUGAACGUCUU